AGGAUUGUUUUACAAAAGUCAUUGUGUUCUGAUGGCUUGGCAGGCUACUGUAAACACCCGGAGAUGGAAGUAGGAAAUCGGAGCCAGGAGCCGUGGCUAUCGGCCUAACAGAGCCGUUCCUUUCUUCCUGGUCAUUUCCCUUCCUGAGUGUCUGUAGGAACCACCCACUUGGGUGGUUCUCAGGUUUUUAGGUCAAACACAAACCCUGGGUAAUGCCUGAAAAAGCCAAACAAGCGGUGACAGUCUGCGCAGGCUGGAUGACUCGGAGCCACUGCUGUCUGCGGAGCCCAAGCUUGGGUGACGGUCGCUCCUCCGUCAUCUCUGCAGCCAGGAGAGCAGUAACCCUGCUAGGUCUCUGUUGCAGCUUACGGUCUUCUGGAGGGCAGCGGGCUCCUCACGCGGUUCCACCAUGGAUGAGACGCAGGAGCCUCUCCCCAUGACUAUCCACCUCCUCGCCGACUCUGGCCACGGCCUGCUCCUGCAGCAGGCUCUGGACCGGCUCCUGGAUUGCAUCUGCCCAGAGAUGCGCCUCUUUCUGGUGUCUGAGCGGGUUAGACCGGUGAAAUACCAUGAACAGUGCCCGCCUCGGCGUUCCCGGUUCCCGGGGAUGUCCGUUUUGCUGUUCCUGCAUGAAAGCCUGGGAGGGGAGCGGCUGCUCCGCAUCCUGGAGUCCCUGCAGCAGCCGCCCUGGCAGUGCUACCCGCCCCAGGAUGCCCAGGGGAGGCUGUUUCCCUACCUCCUUGCCAGCCAGAACUUCUACAGCCUGGACAGCCAGAUGCCCGUCUGGGGCGUGAGGCAGGUGCACUGUGGCGCUGAGCUCCUCAGGGUGACGCUCUUCUGCAGCUUCGACAACUACGAGGAUGCCAUCAGACUCUACGAGAUGAUCCUGGAGAGGGAAGCCUCUCUGCAGAAGAGCAACUUCUGUUUCUUUGUGCUCUACGCCACCGGGAACUUCUCCCUGCAGCUCUCCCUGAAGCAGCUGCCCCUGGGGACGGCAGUGGACCCCAAAGAGUCUUCCGUGCUGCAGUUCAAGGUUCGAGAGAUCGGCCAGCUGGUGGCUCUUCUCCCCAAUCCCUGUGUCCCUAUCAGUAGCAGCCGGUGGCAGACCCAGGACUACGAUGGCAACACGAUCCUGCUGCAGGUCCAGUCGAACCCAGGCCUUGGUCCUAGGCACGGCGAGCUCCCUUCUGUGAGUGGCAUCGUGGGAGCCGACGCACCCCAUCAGGGCCCCAGGCUGACUUCUGUUUCUGCGCAGAGAACCCUGGAGCCCAGGAGCUGGAGAAGCCGGCCCAGGAAGUUCAAGGCGCGCUCUCUGGAGCUUCCUCAGCCCAGUGGGAUGUCAGAGGCCAGCUUUAGUGGUGCCCUCUGGAGAAGCCCUGGCCGGUCUGCCCAGGCCAGCAGCUCAGCCACGGGCACCCAGCAGCAUCUGCCUUCUCCCUGCCUCGAACUCGGGCCCACAAUGAAGCUCCUCAAGGAAAACAGCUUUCAGAAGCUUGAGGCUGAGAUGGAUGUGGACACAGGGUUCACCGUCCUCAAUCCAGAGCCCAGACCAUCUAUUUGGAGCAGAUUUCCAAAGGACUUACAGGUCAGCCAACCGCCUAGUUUGCCAGGCACUUCCUUCGAGGCGACCACCACCACAACCGAAAGAGUGGUGAGGGAACACAUUCACCCUUUGUUACUUGCUGGCCAAAGGGAACUUGGUCCGAGGAAGACGAUCUCAAGAUGUCCCCUUCACCUGGCAGUCCAGGGUGAAGAAAAAGAAGAGGAAUUCUUUAUAUAGUACAAAAAAAGUGUUUUCUGAAGCAUAAGAUCAAAUAGAAUGUUAUAGAAAUGAGGCAUUGACCCUGAAGCAUCUUGUGUUUUAUCCUUGCUGAGGGAUCUGAAAGCUGCUCUGCAUAGAUCUGCAUUGCUUUCAUUUCAGAUGUUCAAAGGGAAAAGGUGCCACAGCGAUUAUUUAUUUGCUGUCCCCACCCAAAAGAACACAACCAAGCCCAGGGAGAAAGCCCAGCACCUUGUUCCUGGGAGAUGCACUAACCCAGCUGGAUGCCUCAAGCUCAGCAGGGAUGAGGAUAAUUGCAUGGCAUGCAAAUGAAUGGGAAGUGUUACCCACUGCUGAUUAGUGUAUGCAAUUUAGUUUUAAUUUUCACUUGGUUUGCAUAGCUCAUCCCCCUGGAUAGCCUGGACUAUUUAAUCUUAAGUGCUUUUAAAUUUUUAUGUGACCUCUUUUGUAACUAGGCCCUGUUCACCACAUAUCCUCUUGUGAUUCUGCCUUUAAAGUUUGCAGCUGGAAGCAGUGAAAAUGCAGUGUUUUGAAUGUGGUAAAGAAUUUAUUUUACUCCUAUUUAAUGAGAGGAACACUGGGAGCUAGAAAACUGGGUUAAGAACGAAUAGUAGAAUCCAAGGGUUUCCUGCUCUUUGGUUUCUUGUUUCUGCUCCACAGUGAAGAGGCCAGUGGUUCUUCCUAUACAUCAAGGAAGGCUUUGGAUGAUUGGGAAUUGAGAUCCCACUGAACACAGCAGGAAGAUUGGAUUGGCAGGGCCCCUGGAGCAGGAAUUCCCAAUGUCCUCUCAAGUAGUCAUCAUUCAUCAUUUACAUGUUCACUCAGCGAAUAAUUAGCCAACACCUACAUUUGAAUAAAACAUCGUGCAUGUAGUCCACAUACAUUCUAUGGCCAUCAACCCAAAAGAUGUUUAUGGUUUGUAACAAUGUUGCAUCGACUCUUAUCAACUCCUAAAAAGAUGUCGAAACCCAAAUUCAUUCCUUUAAGAACUUCUUUCACAACCAAUAUCUGCGUUUGCCACUGAGGAUGUGAUAAGCCUUUACAACCUACAGGUGAAGACUGGGCAAAUUACAAAUUGCAAUUGUAAUAGUAAAGGAUAAAUUCUCAGCUGCCCACACACUGAAUUUUUUUUUUCUGCUUAGGCCUAUAUGUAGGUUUAAAAAUUUUUUUUUGGUACCGAGGAUCAAACUCCGGUCCUUGCGCUUGCCGCAGCAGGCGGCGAAACCACUGAGCUAAAUCCCCAGCCCGGUUUAAAAAUUUUUUGAGACUGUAUAUUUCAGUUAACUUAUAAGGUUAUUUGAUUCAAUGAACUUCAUUUUCCAGGACAGCAGGACAGAUACUAUGGAGAGAUAUAAAUGCUGAUUUAGCUGAAUUUUUGUUUUUUUGUGAUGUUGGCGAGGAAAUCAUUCUAGGCAAGUGCUCUACCACUGAGCUGGAUCUUUCAAAGCCCUAGAUACUUGCUACACCCAAUGGAGAGAGCACUAAGAUGAGGCCUAAACACAGACCUUGUGGAAGCAAGCAUAGCAGGGCUUGUGUGCUCUGCCCAGAAAAUGGAGAGACGUGAAGAGAGCUACAAAUGCACAAAAAUGAGACUCCUAAAUUGAUUUUUUGUGUGUCCUUAAAACAUCACUAUAUUCUCAUUCCCAUUUUAUGUCUCUCUCCCAGGUUAAAUUUUGAUCUUAAAAAAGCAGAGUGAAGACCUUCAUUGCAGCAGGGAUUUCUAUAACAAGAGCUUUUAGAAAAGUUUUAUUUCACUCAGUUACUGAGCUACCUUGAAAAGCACAGCAGGGAGAAGUUUUAAAAUUUCCUUCCAACUUUUUUUGACAUUAUCUAAAUUUCUUUAACAUAAUAUGUGGGUAAGAAUAUAAAUACAUGCGAUCAUAAAGAAUAUUUAGAAAUUCAAAAGAAUACCUCAUGAGAUAAGCUCGUAAAAUAAUGUACUCCUAAGAUGUCACCUAUGGUAACUUACUCAGAGUGAGUCUAAUUUACAACAUGAUGGCAUGGAAAUGCCACUUGAUGGGUGACGGAGGCCCAGAUUUUAAAUGUCCUAUUUAUGUGAUCUUGAAUGUCAGGCUCUGUGACCCUCUUUUGCCUUAUCUAUUGUAAUGAAGGUUGUUUGAAGAAUCAAGAUGAUGUAUACGAAAGCAUUCAGAUAUUAAUUAUUAAGCACUAUAGAUGCGGAAGAUUUUUUUAUUAUUGUAUUUUAAUUUAUAUUAUAUUGUAUUAUUAAUACAAAUGAGUUUAAAAAUGUCAUGAGAAUUCCAUUUUUUAUGAAAUUUUAAUAAAA